AUGGGAAGAUAUCGUAGCCGUAGCAGAAGCUACAGCCCUCGCCGCCGUAGCAGAACCCCACCUCGCGGUCGCAAGCGUUAUGAUGAUGAACGCUAUCCGGACACCAGGUCUCGCAGAGACCGUCGCUCUCCUCUCCCUUCUGGCUUACUCGUUCGUAAUCUCCCACUUGAUGCUAGACCUGAAGAUCUUAGGGGGCCCUUUGAACGCUAUGGUCCUGUAAAGGAUGUUUACCUUCCUAGAAAUUAUUACACUGGUGAACCUCGUGGCUUUGGAUUCGUGAAAUAUCGAUACGGUGAAGAUGCGGCUGAGGCAAAGCAACAUCUGAAUCAUAGUGUCAUUGGUGGACGUGAAAUAAGAAUUGUGUUUGCUGAGGAAAAUAGGAAAACCCCUCAAGAAAUGCGUGUCACUUCUCAUGGAAGUAGCCGGAAUGGAGGUGGUAGCAGCCGAAGGAGAGCUCGGUCAAGAUCCCCACGACGUCGGUAUCGAUCCUACUCUAGGUCUCCAUCACCUGCCAGGGACAAUUCAAGGGAUGACAGGGGUAGGGAUGGUUAUUCUCCAGAGCGAUCAAGAUCUUAUUCUAGGUCUGUUUCUCCCGGUGUUGGGAAGGAUGACAGGAGGUCCUCUCGUGCCUCUCUGGAUGGUGGGAAGGAUGACAGGAGGUCCUCUCGUGCCUCUCCGGGUGGUGGGAAGGACGACAGGAGGUCCCCUCGUGCCAGGGAGAAUGGUCGAAGUCCAAAUGUUAAGAAAGAUCAAUCACCUACCAGAUCUGAGAGCCCUAGGGACAGAGAUCGCAGUCCUUCAAGGUCUCGUUCGCGGUCAUACAGUCCACGCUGA